UUGUUCAUUCAUUUCAAAGCCACUAAGUUCCUUCUUACUUUCCCUUUCUCAAUGGCUGAGAUUGAGGGAUUUCCAGGAAGCUCCAUGCAUGGAGUCACUGGCAGAGAGCAAACCUUCGUAUCGUCUGUUGCUUCCCCAAUGGUCCCUUCUGACCACACUGCCAACUUCGAUCUCCCAGUUGAUUCUGAGCACAAAGCUAAAGUCUUCAAACUCUUCUCUUUUGCCAAUCCCCACAUGAGAACCUUCCACCUCUCCUGGAUUUCCUUCUUCACUUGCUUCGUCUCAACCUUCGCGGCAGCCCCUCUGGUUCCCAUAAUCCGUGACAACCUUAACCUCACCAAAUACGACAUUGGGAAUGCGGGAGUCGCCUCUGUCUCUGGCAGCAUCUUCUCUAGGCUUAUGAUGGGUGCAGUCUGUGACCUGUUAGGCCCCCGUUAUGGCUGUGCCUUUCUCAUAAUGCUCACAGCGCCAACCGUGUUCUGCAUGUCGUUCGUGAAUGAUGCUGGAGGUUACAUAGCGAUGAGGUUCUUGAUAGGGUUUUCGCUGGCCACUUUUGUGUCGUGUCAGUACUGGAUGAGUACUAUGUUUAACAGUAAGAUAGUAGGGCUUGCGAACGGGACAGCAGCGGGGUGGGGCAACAUGGGAGGUGGGGCCACCCAGCUUAUAAUGCCACUGGUGUAUGAAUUGAUCAAAAGAGCAGGAUCUACUCCUUUUGUUGCCUGGAGAAUUGCCUUUUUCGUCCCUGCUUGGAUGCAUGUCAUCAUGGGGAUCCUCGUCUUGACCCUCGGCCAAGACCUGCCUGAUGGCAACCUUGGUGCUUUGCAAAAGAAGGGUGAUGUCAAUAAGGACAAGUUCUCCAAGGUGCUGUGGUAUGCGAUAACGAAUUACAGGACAUGGAUUUUUGCUCUGCUGUACGGGUACUCCAUGGGAGUUGAAUUGACCACUGAUAAUGUCAUUGCCGAAUAUUUCUAUGAUAGGUUCAAUCUGAAGCUGCACACCGCUGGAAUCAUUGCUGCUACAUUCGGAAUGGCUAACUUUGUUGCUCGUCCUUUUGGCGGGUACGCUUCCGAUCUCGCUGCUCGAUUAUUUGGGAUGAGAGGCAGGCUUUGGACCCUCUGGAUUCUUCAAACCCUAGGAGGUGUUUUCUGCAUAUGGCUUGGACGGGCCAAUUCUCUUCCCCUUGCUGUCGUGGCCAUGAUUCUAUUCUCCAUCGGAGCUCAAGCUGCUUGCGGCGCAACUUUUGGCAUCAUCCCUUUCAUCUCGAGGCGCUCUCUGGGCAUUAUCUCGGGCUUAACCGGGGCAGGUGGAAACUUCGGGUCGGGGCUAACCCAGUUGAUCUUCUUCUCAACCUCAAAAAUGUCGACCUCAACGGGUCUGUCCUGGAUGGGUGUUAUGAUAGUGGCCUGCACACUUCCGGUGAGUGUCGUUCACUUCCCUCAGUGGGGCGGCAUGUUCCUUCCUCCUUCUAAAGAUGUUAACAAGUCCACAGAAGAACACUAUUACGCAUCUGAAUGGAACCAAGAGGAGAGAGAGAAGGGCUUACACCAACAGAGUCUCAAGUUCGCAGAGAACAGUCGUUCUGAGAGAGGCAAGCGUGUUGCCUCUGCUCCAACGCCACCUAACACGACUCCCACUCACCAAGUUUAAUGAGAUCACGAGUCGUCGACUCAGCGCUUCACUUUUAUCGAUCUUGUUAUGUAUUUCUGUAUAUUUGCUUUGCCUGUCCACUUUCAUAUACUUGUAAUGAUGAGGUGGCUUCAUCAUUUUGAGAAAGGCGAGUUCAAGGCUGAACUACAGCUUUAAAAUCACCACAUACCCCCCAAAUAAUGAGGAAGUAUAUGUAAAUACAUCCAAACAUAUGUAUAAAAUGGAUGUUUCAUUUUCAGUGAAUGAAUGAACCUUGUU